AUGGUUUGCACGGCUAGGCCCUCCUCCCUCAUAACUCUGAUCGUUCUCGUCCUGUUGUCUAUUGCUUUCUUUUCUACAGUCUAUGCCCUCCCCGCAAUCGACAUAGGUCCCAUUGCCAACCCUCAUAUUGAGAAUACUUCCAUCCCAACCGCAACGCUGAAUGAACGUGGCAGGAAAAAAAAACUAACUUGGACAAGUGAAGCUGUUGCAUAUACAAACUGCUGUCAAUACACUGAAAUAUCUGGCGAAACUGCUUUUGCAAUCAACUUGGCUGGAUGGGGAAAUACCGACGAUACACCAAAUGUGGUUGAUACUCUUCCCCAAGAUAAAUGCGCACCAGGUCUAGUAGAGAAUAUCAAGCGUAAUCAUGGCACGAUUUAUGCUAAAACUUGGAUAUGUGUACCAUCUUAUGGUGCACCAGGAGAUACCUAUGUUUAUUUUUACUUGAAAAAAGGAGACUACAAUACGAUAGCAACGGCGCUUUCUCAAACCCAUAAUAGUGAACCCGCAUGGCAGUGUCUUCCGAGAAAGUCCGAAACAAGCGGGUGUCAUAACCAGCAGGGAGAUACCUCUAAUCAGGCUAAGGUGAUUAUAGCUUGCAAAUAA